AUGUACGUAGGAAAUUUCCGACAUCGAUCGAAGUCGUCAACAGGGGCGAGCCCGUUGAACCUGACUGGCUGGUCUGCCAAAUCGAAGCUGGAUCCGCUCCCACUUCCCAGGCGACCCACUGGCAAGCAGCUCAAGAUCCUGAAAAUGCGGUGGAGAGCUGACCCGUCACCUCAAGAUGACCCUCUCGCAUUCUAUGCUACAUUGCGUGAGCAGGGCCUUUCUCUGUUUAAGGACACUAAUCUGGAGUACGCCACGCCCAUACUGGUGGCAGUUGCGGAGAAGAAAAAGGACAAGAUCGCCCGCCUGCUGGUCCAGGACAUCCUGUCAAAUUGGCACCACGUCGGACAAACAUAUUGCUCUAUCAUGCUCAAAAAUAUCCUCCUUCUCAUGCAGCAAAACUUUCUGGACAAGGAACAGGUCGCUGCCUUGGCUCGGCGCUCUCCGUUCUUCCAGCCAGCUCAUAUCAAUGACACUCUUGCGACUCUACUCAUUGGAGUCUUAGCAGAUGCAAGAGCACAGUCAGAAUCGGAUGAAGUUCGGCAUCGCCCCCACAAGGCAGCCGAGCUGCUGAUGUUCAUUGCAUGUGAUCUCACAGCGGCGGGGACGCGCUUGCGCUCGAUGGAGAUUGUGAAUGCGCUCGUGCAGACUCAUAGUGUGCCUUCCAGCGUGGUGUACCAUGCGAAUCUCAUGUUGACGGACUUCUCUCUCAUUAUCAUGACUAUGUCGGUGCACUCUGUUCUUCACUUAGGAUGGUGGUCAACAGCUGGAGGCCUAUCUGCCUCCUCAAGAAUGUCUCCUCUCCUCGUCUGGCUCAUGACGCACCUUACAAAGAAGAUCAAGAAGGCUCACCUAGCACGGCAGCUCGCAACACAUGUUUUGGAAGCACAGAUUCCGCUACCUGUGCUGGAUCAUGAGCACUUCAUCGGGCUAGUCACCUCGCGCAGUUCGCAACGCACACACGCAUGCUUUAGGAGUGGUGCGAUGCUCUAUGUUGUGAGUCUAUUCACAAGAUUCGCGAAAUGA